CCUGGGCCUGUGUUUAAUUUCUCCUAAUUAGGGUUUUGCUCUGCGCAUUACAACUUUCUUUCAGAAACUAUUCUACCGCUUGACGAAGGAUCAUCAUAAGAUAUGGGGAAUCAAAUGCAGAAGAAUAUCUCAGAUAAGGGUGAUCAGUUGCGAACAAGUUACACGUUCGAGAUAAAUAACUUCUCCGUGGAUAAAUAUUCGAUACAUUCGCAAAUAUUCUUAAGCGGCGGGUGCGAAUGGUGUGUUAUAGCUCAUCCCAAGGAAACCAAAUUUGAUGAUCACUUGAAUGUGUUCCUAGGCGUUCCUAAUUAUAAAUCAUUGCGAACUGGAUGGAGAAGGAAAGCCAACUUUCGAUUCUCUCUGUUGAACCAAACCGGAAAUGUUCUCUGCGCCACAGCAGAAAGUUCAAACGUCUUCUGCGCUCAGUUCCCAUCCUGCGGUCAUCAGAUAUUGCCACUUAACACCCUUAAAGAAGAAGGGUUUCUGGAAAAUUGCAAACUGAUCGUUAAAGUCGAGGUAAAAGUAGUUGAAAUUGUUCAUGAAGCAAAGUUAACUGGGAAGGAGAAGUUACUUCUCAACGGUUUUGAGGUUCCUUAUAGCCAGGUUGCUAGAGUGCACUUAAUUUUCAUGAAACACCCAAACAUUGCUAUUGAUUUCAAACCAAAGGAUAAAGUUGUGAAGGCAGCAUACAUGAAUCUUCUUCUCAACCUCAUCGAAACACUACGCAAGCCUCCACAGAGCUUUUCUGAGAGUGAGCUAGGCAACGCUAAGAGCCAGUUGAAUGAGCUAACAGAAUUAGCGGGAUUCAAGCUGGAUUGGUUAAAGUCAAAGCUUGAGGAGAUAUGCGUGGAGAGAAAGAAUGCAGAUGCUGAUGGAUCUCGGGUUGAAGAAGUGGAAGCACGCAUCAAGAACCUGGAGCUGACUUUGUCAGAUCUCAAAGUUGAACUGGAAAAGGAGAAGGCUAAAUCUGCUGCUGCUGCUACAACGCUUUUGUCUUUUACAGAAAUUCUUAUAUGUCAAAAAUAAAAGUUUGGAGGUUCAUGUAAGGUCUCUGGGACUACCGUUACUAUGUUCAUUGUUUCAUCGUCUGUUUAGUUCUCAUCACUUUUCAAACCCCAUAUUUCAC